AUGCCUCACGAGCUUUCCCUUUCCCUCCAAGCCUUCCCAACCGUCGACAAAGACAAAGAAUCCCUCAAAUACCUCAUCUCACGCAUCAACCAACAAAAAGGCUCUUUCCGCAACGUAACCGAGCAGAGCCUCCAGGAGGAGAUACAGGCUCAAGAAGCAGGCAAUUCUGAUACGGAUAACCAAGAUGUUGUUGGGACGGGCGAAGAAGUUGAAGAUGUCAAGACCAAGCAGGAAGAGGUCACCAAGGCGCGAGAAGAUAUAGUCAAGCAGAUAGGACAAGCCUACAACGAAAGCGCCCAAGCCCUCGACUUCGUCUCCCUCCUGCUCUCCAAACAUGCCCCAGCCGCAGCUCAGACGACACUCUCUUCAUUUCUGCAGCAAACACUACCACUUGGAUCCCUAGGCGGAGAAGUCAUUCAAGCGCUUCAAGUACCGGAGCUGGAAAAGCACAAUCAGGAAAUGGUGUCCAUUGGCUGGAGGAUGCAAUCCCUGAACGGUACAGCAGACUCUUUGCUGAAAUCUGCGGCGAGGCUCGAAGAGGAGAUGGGCAGGGAGACUACUUAUUGGAAUCAGGUGCUCGCAGUGAAGGAUGAGGGCUGGUCGCUGAGCAGACUGCCACGGGAGAAGCAUACUCUUGGCGUCCGCUAUGGCUUCGCUGAAGCAUACGCCGACUUCCGAGACCGAGGACUUGCAGCACUCCGGCGAGAUGCCGACGGCAAUGUCAGCUUGGACCGUGGCCUCAGAUCAUCUGGAGACCAGACCCUACGAGUUCGAAUCCUGCAGCAGGGGGAGCCGAUUGCUUCGAGCACGACAGGCAGCGAGGGUAUUUCCGAAGAUGACUCGGUAACGAAAGAGAUACUCAGAGCUAGAAAUAGCAUAUUUGACGAAGAGUUACACCACGAGCUUCAUCGAGAGGCGCGAAACCUCCUCAAUCAAGGUGUUCGAUGCAGUGGCGGAAGAGUUCUGAUACCAUAUGAGACUGACAAGCAGGUUGAAAUCGACCUGGUCUCUCUGGAAGAUGAAGAUCUAGAAGCACCUGCUGGUGACAGUGCCAUUGCAGAUGCGAUUGCUCUGUCUCUACGUGUUCUCCUCUCCCAGGCCCACCGACAGAACCUACACAGACGCUCACAAAUACCACCACCACUCCGAGAAAAUAAACCUUCUCGACCAACAUACGCACUUCUCAAACCAGUCAUCGAACAUCUCCAACACCAAUUCCAAGUCGCUUCCCUCCAAGACUUCCUCUCAGGCCUUCAUAAAUCCCUCUCAGCAGCCAGUCUGCCCUUCUCGUUCAACCCACCAACGCCCCCACACAAUUUCGCAGCCCUCUCUACCAUCUCCGAUCAUCCAAACGGAUCCGUGGCCGAAACACUUCUCCAAUCCCUCACCUCGCCCCUCCACUCAACAACCACCCUGCACCUUCCCACCUCUUCCACAACAGCCGUGAUCGACAUCCACACCACGCUCCUCCCACCCCACCACAGCACAACCUACACCCUCACCAUACGCGCCUCGUCCCCAUCAACCACCCUCGCCGCCCUCCCAACCUCAACGCACCUCACAACCCUCUCGGCCGUCACCGAACACAUCAUCCACAUCCUCACCCUUUCCAUCCUCCAGCACACCGUCUCCAUGUUCCCAACAUGGCACGCCCCAUCCACCAUACACGGUUCGACACUGUCCCGGACGAAAGAGAAAAGCCACUUGGCCGAGAAGGCAUCGAUAAGUUUGACCGGAGACGGUUUGAGUCUAAAAUGGUGGCGAGGGGCGGGCGGGGACUGGAGGGUUGUUAGUUGGUAUGCUGCUGAUGGGCAGGGGAAUGAUGGUGGGCGUGGGGAGAAGAGACGGUUUGACGAGGUGUUUAAAGAGGAAGUUGAUUGA